AUAAUGGUCCCUGUUUGGGGUCGAGGAAACCAAAUCAGCCAUAUGAAUGGCUUUCUUAUUCAGAGGUGAUUGAGCAAGCGCAGUUUUUGGGUUCGGCAUUUCUUCACAAAGGACACUCCAAAAGUGGAGAUCCCUACAUCGGCAUCUUCUCUCAGAACAGGCCGGAGUGGACAAUUUCAGAGUUGGCCUGCUACACCUAUUCUCUGAUAGCAGUUCCUCUGUACGACACCUUGGGCAUGGAGGCAAUAAGUUACAUCAUCGACAAAACAUGUAUCUCUACAGUCAUAUGUGACGUGCCAGAGAAAGCCAGACUGCUGUUAGAUUGUGUUUCUGGCCAAGAGCACACCGUAAAAACCCUGAUCCUGAUCAAAGAGUUUGACGCUGAUCUAGUGAGCAGAGGACAGCAGUGCGGCAUCGACAUCAUCAGUUUGCGAGACGCAGAGACUAUCGGCAAGACUCAUCGACAACCGCCUGCGCCUCCUAAGCCAGAUGACUUGGCAUUGAUUUGUUUCACAAGUGGAACCACGGGAAACCCUAAAGGAGCAAUGCUAACUCAUAAAAACAUUGUGUCCAAUACAGCUGCCUUCCUCAAAGUCACACAGAGCAGUUGCCCCCUUGACCCUCAGGACACACACAUCUCUUACCUGCCACUGGCACACAUGUUUGAGAGAGUCGUACAGGUAUGUGCAAGGAUUGCUUUGAUUUUAUGAUUUGCCAUUUUUGGGAAAAACAUUU